UUUGAACCAAGGCUUUUAGAAAGUUAUAAGAACGGGCCAUCGACCCAACCAAUCAAACGCAAGCAGUCAGUGGUUCACGAUCACAAACAUACUUUAGAUAGGCUAACCCGUUUUCAGUUAACCUUGUCUUAAGAGUCGGAGUGCUUGUGUACAUAUUAAACUGAACGUGAACGCGUUUUCCUUGAACGGCGCAUGACUCGCGCAUACUUCAUUCCCUACUCUUGUCGUUAACCACUGUUUCGACGCUCACGCGCUGCCGUAAGGGAGAGCGAGACAGUGUGUUCCGUGACCGAAGCAAGGGCACGUUGAGAACAGGAUGAAUCUAUGCGUGACAACCAAGCCUGAGAGAGAGACCACCGAACAUAUAUCGCGUAACUCUAGUCCAUUUUACGUUAUUCCAACCAUGCUGUAAAGCGAGGGUCUCACACGCCUUUAUAACGCCAGUAAUGUUUCGCCCGUAGGCUUCAAUCUGCUUGCGUGCAGUAUAAACGAGACGAAGGCACGUUUCAUCUCCGAAUGUUCCGUACAUAACCGGUACAGGCAUGAAUAUGACACCGGAUUAGCGUUACCGACCCGGCCAUCUAAGGAGGACCGCAGUCCAGGAGCUUUUUAACCGUUCUGGCAAAGAAAAGGAGAGAGCGAGAGGAAAAGAGAGACGACGUUUCUUAUGGUCGCUUCCUUGUUUCUUUAACUUGUAAACAUCGAGUAAUUAUGGACAUUUGAGAGGAACUGAAACACGUUCCAGCUGUUAACCACUGGGGAUUUUAACCGCGUCAUCUGUUAUAUCUAUGCGGCUCGAGAUCCUAAAUUACAUGGGCAACAGGACGUCGUUGUAGAUUACCGUCCACUGGGAAACCUGUGAUCUAACCACGUCCCUGGGGCUGUCACUGGGUCUCGUGUGUUUGCAGUCGCCAUAUGGGGCAGCCGGGGGCUCGGGUCCCCCGGGGCUGGAUCCGUGCCCGGUGUCAGGACGGCGACGGUUCUGACACGGACCGGGAGAAACGGUGGGCGGAGCUGUUUGACGAGCUCGAUCUCAACAAGGAUGGACGGAUCGACAUUUACGAGCUGCGGACCGGGUUGGCCGCGCGGGGACUCUCUCGCGGCUCGGUGGACAGGAUAGUCAAGGUAGGAGACACCAACCAUGAUGGAGAGCUGGACUUUGGAGAGUUCUGCCAGUAUCUCCAGCAGCACGAGAAACAGCUCAGACUCAUGUUCCGCUCUCUGGACAGCAACCAUGAUGGCGAGAUCGAUGCAGGUGAGAUCCAGCAGUCCCUCCAUGCCGUGGGAGUGAACGUGAGCCUGGAUCAAGCAGCCAGGAUCCUGCACAGUAUGGACAGGGACGGCACCAUGACCAUCGACUGGGACGAGUGGCGAGAUCACUUCCUGUUCAACCCCCUGCACAACAUGGAGGACGUGGCGCGCUACUGGAAACACUCCAUGAUGUUAGACAUUGGGGAGCAGCUGACCAUACCAGAUGAGUUUACGGAGCAGGAGAAGAAGUCAGGGUUCGUGUGGAGGCAGCUGAUGGCGGGGGCCAUGGCUGGCUCUGUGUCCCGCACCGGCACCGCCCCCCUGGACCGCCUCAAGGUCUUCCUGCAGGUGCAUGGCCAGACCCCAGGCAGGGGCUCUGUGCUGGAUGGACUGAGGGCCAUGGUGAAGGAGGGGGGGGUGGGCUCCCUCUGGAGGGGCAACGGGGUCAACGUGCUGAAGAUCGCCCCGGAGACCGCUAUCAAGUUCCUGGCCUACGAACAGAUCAAGCGUGUGAUGCAUGGCAGUAAGGAGGGCGGGACAUUGAGGGUGCACGAGAGGUUUGUGGCCGGCUCAUUGGCUGGAGCCACAGCACAGACCGCUAUCUAUCCAAUGGAGGUCCUGAAGACCCGUCUCACCCUGCGCAGCACGGGGCAGUACCGCAGUGUGGCCGACUGUGCCAGGCAGAUCCUGGAGAGGGAGGGGCCCAAGGCCUUCUACAAGGGCUACCUGCCCAACCUGCUGGGCAUCAUCCCCUACGCCGGCAUAGACCUGGCUGUCUACGAGACCCUGAAGAACGCCUGGCUCCUGAGGAACACGACCUCUGCAGACCCCGGGGUUCUGGUCCUGGUGGGCUGUGGAACCCUCUCCAGCACCUGCGGCCAGCUGGCCUCCUACCCUCUGGCCCUCAUCAGGACACGCAUGCAGGCCCAGGCCACAGUGAAGGGCGCCCCCCAGCUCUCCAUGCUGGGGUUGUUCCGGAACAUCGUGACCCAGGAGGGCGUGGCCGGCCUCUACCGAGGCAUAGCGCCCAACUUCCUGAAAGUCAUCCCCGCCGUCAGCAUCUCCUACGUGGUCUACGAGCACAUGAGGAAGGUCCUGGGGGUGGAGGGGGUGAGGGGGAGGUGAGGGAGGUAGGAAAGGGAAUGGGGGAGGGGUGGAGGGGAGGUGAGGUGGGUACAUAAGGAAUGUCCAUGGGGGAUAAGGGGAGGAUGGAGGAUGGAGGAGAGAGGAGAGAGGAUGGAGGAGGGAUGUGAACGGACAGAAACACCUGCAGUUUCAACAUUGUGGUGGCAUGCUGUCUUGGAGGGGGAGGUGGUGGUGGUGGAGGUGGAGGAGGUGGUGGAGGAAGAGAUGGUGGAGGAGGAGGUGGUGGAAGGAUGCACGGAGGAGCGGGCCAGAACUGCCACAGACUCCUGCUAACGUCAUACUGUGUGUGCGUGCCAGGCGUUGCCGUGACGAGUGGCGUGACUUCUGUACGUUGCAUGGGCAGCAUGCAGAGGGGUGUGAUCAAUGUUGUGACCAGCCAGCGACCGUAACACGCUACCGCCUGUGUCCUUCACGUGUCCUACACGGGCCGUCUGAGGAGAACCUGCUUGGCCCUGUGUGCUGACUAACUCCCUGGCGCCCUUUGAGAGUUCUCCUGUGUGCUGGAGAACUGUCUUUUUACAUCCCGUACUAAGAAAAGACAACUGUGGAUAGGAUUUCUUGUUUUGUUUUAAAGUCGGCCCUCCCCUUCCAAUACAACUUUAGGUGGAGCAUCGAGGUAGCCCUGGAGUAGAGCAGGGCUUAACCAUCUCCUGCUGUUCUCUGGGAGGAGGUGCUUGCAGCCACUGUGAUCCCAGGGGAAUCACGGAACCACAGAAUCAUGGAAUCAUCGUAUUAUGGAAGUGUGCAGAGUUCUAGUAAAGUUUUGCAAUGAGAAUUGGACAAACGCCAGCAGGAAAGACUGACUGAUGAGGAGGAGGAGGAUGAAGAGUUGGGUUGGCAGACCUUGUUUUCUGUUACCUGGACAAAAAUAAAUAAAAGACAUAAUUAGAUAUAUUUUAGAAUUUUAAAUACCACAGGACAAAGCGGUAUGAUGAUAAAGUAUUAAAACCAUUCAAUGUCACAUAUCCGUUGUUGCCGAAGACAUUCAAAGAGCAAAGGGUCCAGAUUCAAACUAUAAAUUUUAUUUAUCUAACAGUUAUUUUACCUCAAGCUGAAGGUCAAUAGUAGUGCUAUAGUUUUAGUACCGGACUUCUCUCAGCAUGAUUUGGAGAUUAAAUAUUUUUUAAAUCCAAAAACAGGACUGAGGCACAUGCUGCAGAUCUUGACGAAUGCAUGGUUGGAUGUAUUUAUCCUGAGUAGCCCAGGGCUCAGUUCUGCUGAUGUCAUGACGAUGAUGUCAUGUA